UGUGCUGAAGGUAACAAUUAUUAAAAAAAACAUUUAGGAUGAUAAACCUUCGUAUUAAUAGUUAAUUUACUUUUUAUCUAAUAAACUUUUUAGUUAUAUAGUCAUUUUAAAUUGUUUUUUUGAUGUCGCAAAGGUACUGAGAAACACAAAAAGCUGACAAGAAUGAAGUUUGUAGCAAUUGUUGCUGUUAUUCUUGUGCUCUUUGUGACGCCAAACUCUUGCAAAUCAAUAUCGGGACUUAAAAGAAAUAAAGUCAAAGAAAUGAAAAUCAAUCACCCGUAUUACAAUGACCCAGCUGCCCCAAUGCGAUCAGUAUACGGCCAAACUGUCGAAGAAACAAGUAAAGAAUUAAAUAAAGCAAUCGACGACGCAGUAACAGAAGCAAGUAAAAAUGUCAUAUCAGAUACCGAACCAAUCGAAAACCAACCAAUCGCUAAAUCAACACCCGUAAAACAUUUUAAAAAAAAGGAAAAACAUAAAAAGUCUAAUGUAAAACGAAAAUUAAAUCUCGACAAAUCCAAAUCAGAUGACGAAAUUUAUUUAGAAGAAAUAAAAAGUGUUUUACCAAAAAAUGAAUCUCUUGAUAAUGAAGAUACGAAAGAGUCAGACACUGCUCUGUUUAAAAAAAAACCAAAACAUAAAACUUUGGAAAUCCUUAUAAACAAAUCAAAUAAAAAAUUAAAGAAAAACCCGUCAAGUAAAAGUAAAGAUAAGAAAAAAGGAGCGGAUCUUGAAGAAACCGAAGACACUAUUAAAAAAGUUGGCGAAGAAAAUGAAGAAGCGCCUACAACUGAUGUAAAUGUUAAUCAAGAUCCAGAGGAAACAGGUUCACCUGAAGAUAACGCUGGUUCUGAGGAAGAUGAGGAUCCUGGUGCUCCAGAAGUAACACCAUCAGCUGCCGCUAGCGAAGAAGCGCCUGAGCCCGAGCCUCCAGCUGACUAUAACUCUAACUCAGAAGGUAAUGCUCCACCUGCAGAAGCACCCCAACCACCUUCCGAAGCACCUCAACCGCCAGCUGAAGCACCGCAAGCAGCUCCACAACCGUCGCCUGAGGAUGGUAACCAGCAAGAUUUGAAAAAAUUGCUCGACGAAAGUAUCAGCAAUUUGAUAAAAGCAAAUGCAGCAGUGGAAACUCUCUUAAAAGCAACAGGUGGAAGUUCCCCUCCAACUGAAGCUAAGCUAGAUACUCCAACUGAAGCUAAACCUGAGAUGCAAACUGGAUCACCUAAUGCUUGUUGUCCGCCACCGCCAUCUGCUAAUCCAUGUCAACCAUGUCCUCCACCACCUCCUCCUCCACCACCUCCACCACCACCCCCUCCACCACCUCCUCCUCCACCCUGUUGUCCUCCUCCACCACCCCCUCCACCCCCUCCUCCACCCCCUCCUCCACCUCCUCCUCCACCCCCUCCACCCCCUCCGCCUCCUCCACCUCCUCCACCACCCUGUUGUCCUCCAUCUCCACCACCAUGUCCUCCACCUUGUCCUCCUCCCCCACCCUGUAUGCCAUGUCCACCACCGCCUCCUCCUCCUCCACCACCACCACCUCCUCCUCCACCACCUCCUCCUCCACCUCCACCUCCACCUUGUUGUCCACCACCUCCUCCAGCAUGUACUCCACCUUGCUUUGUGGCCCAACUUCCUCCAUGUAUGCUUUGUGUAGCUCCUCCACCCCCACCUCCUCCUCCACCCCCACCUCCUCCUCCUCCACCUCCUCCACCUCCUCCACCUCCUCCUCCUCCACCUCCUCCUCCAUGCCCUGCAUCUUGCUCUCCAACUUCUUGUGGCUUUGGCUGUCGUAAGAACUGCUGUGAAUAUGUUGUGAUGUUGCCAAACGGCCGCUGAUAGUAAAAAUACUAAUCUAGUUUCAACGAGUUGGUAACAGCAUGAAACUGUGAGUGCAGUGUUGUGUGUUGAAAUACAUUUACACUGUUAAAAUAUUUUUUAAAUUAAAAGAACACGUUUAUCAAUAUACAUAUUUCAGAUUACCGUGAUCGUCUACUACCAACUUUAACUUAUCCAUGUGAUACUUGUACAUUAAUAUGUUUACCUGGCUGUGAACAAUCAUGUUGUAAAACUAAAAAUCAACAAACCAUAUUUCCACCAGCACCUACAAUGCCUGUAUUACCACCACCAGAUCCUCCAAUGGUUUUACCUUUCAAACCUCAACCUCCAGUUAUAUGCUGUGAUUCGAUAACAUUACCUUUAUCAAACCUGGCAUGCACUGGACAUUGUGAAAACCAAAACUGCAUUAACUGUGGCAAUAAAAUGCUUAGACCAUUUUAAAACAUUUGCAGGAAAUUGUGGAAUUAAGAGGCUUUAUAUAUUAAGUUGGUAGUUAAACUGCGUGUCCACCUUUUUGAUUAGCUAUUACGUGCAUUUCUUUUAUAUCAAUGUAUGUAAUUUGAGUUUGGCUUGUUUAUAUAUUAAUGAGUUUUUUUUAUUUUUCUUUAGAUAUAUUUUUUUAGCAACGUUUUAUUAAA